AUGCAAUCUCGGAAAAUUGCGGACGUGUUGAACGUCUCGGAUGGUGGUCGUGGGUUAGAAAACAAGGAAAAGAACCUCAGUUCAAACCUCCACAAUGAUCAUGAUAACCAAAACCAACACGUGCAGAUUGAUUCUGGCUCUGCCCUCCAACAAUUUCUUGAUCACAUACCCAUUAGUGCAAUAGCUGGCAUAAAAAAUUCACCUGUUUUGGAAUUGAAAGCUGGAGACAGUAUAAGGGAUGCAAUUCAUGCGUUGUACAAAAAGGAUAUAUUUUCUGCAGCAAUUGUGGAUACGUCAGACUCCCAUGCGGGCAGCAUAAGGUUUUCAGAUCGUUAUAUUGGUCUCAUUGAUUUUACAAGCAUGGUUCUUUGGUGCCUUGAGGAAUUUGAUAAGAUAAAAAAUGAUACCAUGGAAAAUCAUCUCAUGGAUUUAGAGAACGAUGGCCUUUUCUCCAUCCUGGAUCAGGUUCCUCAGAUUGGGCUAACCAAGGUUAGCGAGUUGGCCAAGUCAUUCCUCUGGGAACCAUUUUUCCCAGUAAACAUGGAUGACACGGUUUUGCAUGCUUUGCUACUUCUCUCUAAGCAUCGGGUGCACGUUUUGCCGGUCAUACAGGAACCUCAAGCUGGACUCAUCGGUUAUGUUACACAGAAUGCAGUAGUCCAGCACCUUCUUCAAUCAAGUGAACUAGAGUGGUUUGAUAGCAUUGCAGAUAAGAACAUAUCAGAUUUCCGAUUUGAAAGCCAAGAAAAUCCUAGUUGUGUAUAUGGGGACCAAACUGUUGCAAAUGCUUUAGAUUUGCUCUGGCAAAACCAAACUUGUGCAGUUGCUGUUGUAGAUCGACAAACUAAGAAGCUCGUGGGUAAUGUAAGGAACGGCGACGUUUAUAAUCUUGUAAAGAAUAAUGACCUCCUAAGAAAUAGAUCGAUUUUAACUGUGAAAGAAUUCAUUCACAUAGAGACUGACAAAGUAGUAACUGAACAAGCCAUUGAACAUGACCAUGGGGCUUUACUCACAGCAGGAAGUCUCCGUCUGAAAAACAGCUUCAUACCCAGAAUGGACUUGCCCGUUGCCAACAAGGAAACUGAAACGCUCAAGCAAAUAAUGGAGCAUACGACUGAGACUAAUAGCAGUUUCAGCUUUCUGAUCAAUGAUAAUGAGCAAGUUACAGGGUUGCUCACACUAAGAGAUAUAAUUCUGCAGUUUGCACCACCAAAUAUGAAUUCUAGCAUUAAUGGAGGUGGGUUUUUCGAAUUUGCCUUGGAGCAAAGUGGAUGUCAGGUGAAAAAUGGAACUAUGGUUCGUAAUCAUUGAUAUGAUAUAUAGCAGUGUUUGAAGGUUUUUGGCUCAUAAAGUCGUACUAAUUAAAGCAAUUUUUGGGAAGAUGCAACAUGAUUAUAUGACUCCAGAGAUGUGAGAAUGUAAUUUAUACAGUUUGCCUCACCUUAAUAUUGUUUCUGCAUGACCUAUCAUUUUGGGUUCCAAAUUCUUGGUUCAUAUUUCAUAAUUUUGCUCAA